AUGCCGGCAUCUUCUUCGGCCUGCUAUUCGACUUACUCGACUUUCCGUGCGACGACAUUGCAACCGAAUAGCAGCCCUAUUUUGACGUUUGGAAAGUACGCAGGGUCGGAAAUGGUGAGGAAGACGCUGUCGCGCGAAGACGUGGCAAGGAUUGUACAAAGAGGAGAAGAGGGCCAAGUGCAGUUCGAUAGUGUGUCGCCCAAGAUGAUGGAGAAAGGGAGGCAGGCGGCGCUGCGAAUGGUAGGUGCAAAGAGAGAAAGUAUGCCGAGGAGUUUGGAUAUGGUGGAUGAAAGGUUUGGGGGUACACAACGGCAUUUGAGGGAGAGAGGUAGGGUACAUUAUACGCAGCUUGAGGCGCUGAGGAUAAAUAACGUGGUGGUGGUGAUGAUGGUGUGGGCGAAAAGGAAGGGUUGCAACGCUGCUGGGAGCGAUGAGAUGGAGUGA